AUGGAUCUGGCGUAUGAGCUGCCCAAUGUCACUGAGUUCUGGUUCUCCUCGGCCUCCCAGUUCGACAACUUCUCCACGGAGAUGUCUGCCAACGCCUCCCAGAACACUACGGGCCAGCAUUUUGACCUGACCAGCAACGCCAUCCUUACCUUCAUCUACUUUGGGGUGUGCAUCAUAGGCCUGUGUGGCAACACCCUGGUGAUCUACGUCAUCCUCCGCUAUGCCAAGAUGAAGACCAUCACCAACAUCUACAUCCUGAACCUGGCUAUCGCAGAUGAGCUCUUCAUGCUGGGGCUGCCGUUCCUGGCCAUGCAGGUGGCUCUGGUCCACUGGCCCUUCGGCAGAGCCAUCUGCCGGAUUGUCAUGACGGUGGAUGGGAUCAACCAGUUCACCAGCAUCUUCUGCCUGACCGUCAUGAGCAUCGACAGGUAUCUGGCUGUGGUCCACCCCAUCAAAUCCGCCAAGUGGAGAAGGCCCAGAACGGCCAAGAUGAUCAACGUGGCCGUGUGGGGCGUUUCCCUUCUGGUCAUUAUGCCCAUCAUGAUUUAUGCCGGGAUCCAAAACACCCAUGGAAGGAGUAGCUGCACCAUCAUCUGGCCAGGCAAGUCCAGCGCGUGGUACACAGGGUUCAUCAUCUAUACCUUCAGUCUGGGCUUCCUGGUGCCCCUCACCAUUAUCUGCCUUUGCUACUUGUUCAUCAUUAUCAAAGUCAAGUCCUCUGGGAUCAGAGUGGGCUCCUCAAAGAGGAAAAAGUCAGAGAAGAAAGUCACCAGGAUGGUCUCCAUUGUAGUGGCAGUCUUCAUCUUCUGCUGGCUUCCCUUCUACCUAUUUAACGUCUCCUCCGUCUCCGUCUUCAUCAACCCCACACCCUUCCUCAAGGGUAUGUUCGAUUUCGUCGUGGUCCUCACCUAUGCCAACAGCUGUGCCAACCCCAUCCUCUACGCCUUUUUGUCCGACAACUUCAAGAAGAGCUUUCAGAACGUUCUCUGCCUGGUGAAGGUCAGUGGCAUGGAUGAUGCGGACAGGAGCGACAGCAAGCAGGACAAAUCCAGGCUAAAUGAGACCACGGAAACUCAAAGGACUCUGCUCAAUGGUGACCUUCAGACAAGCAUCUGA